AUGCAAGACGCAGCGAAAGAACAAAAGACAAACGAACAGAGCAUGAAGGACAUGAAAAUAUGCAACGCUCUGCCUCUCCAGGAAUACGAAAUAAAAGACAUAGACAGCAGCCUGAUCGGAAAAACAAUCAAGUUCAGCGGAUGGGUGCGCACUUUCCAUGCAAUAGGAAAGAAGGCGUUCUUCACCGUCUACUCAGCAGAGCAUCUGGUAAAGUGCAUGUACGUCGCAACAGACGCAAAGCUCCAUCUGACAAAACACACGUCAGUGCAGGUCAUCGGAGAAGUGAAGAAGAACUUCACGAAAGACGCAUUUCCCUGCGAAGUUCACGUGACAUCCUGCGAGAUCUACGGAGGAAAGGUGGCUCCAACCUUUGAGUUUGACAUGGAGCAAACGAGCGAGUCAUUUUUGCUCGAUCACAACCAUCUUCUCAUCAGAGAGCCAGAAAAAGCAGCUGUACUGAAGGUAAGGGCUGAGCUCCUCAAAAUAGCCAGACAGUUUUACGACAUAAAAGAGUACACAGAGGUAACACCCCCUACUCUCGUGCAGACACAGGUGGAGGGAGGGAGCACGCUCUUCAAGCUCGAUUACUUCAACGAGCCUGCAUAUCUUACCCAAUCUUCUCAACUGUACCUAGAAACAGUUGCACCGGUAUUUGGAAAAGCAUACUGCAUAGCAUCCUCCUACAGGGCAGAAAAGAGCAACACAAGAAGACACUUGAGCGAGUACACGCACGUGGAAGCAGAGCUUGCAUGGAUUGACUUUGACAGAUUGCUCUCGGAAAUAGAAGACCUCAUCAUCCAUCUUUCCACAGGAUUCAACGAAAGAUGCAUCCCCAUUUUAGAAAGAUUUGGAGUAAAAGCCACACCCAUCACUGUGCCAUCCAAACCCUUCACCCGGCUCGAGCACAGAGAGGCAAUUGACAUCCUCAGAAAAGGAGACGUAAAAAAAGAAGAUGGCUCCGAGUUCGGAUACUCUGAUGACAUUCCAGAUGCCCCAGAGAGAUACAUAUGCGAACAGGUAGGAAAAGGACAGCCCAUCUUUUUAACUAAGUUCCCGUACGAGAUGAAAGGGUUCUACAUGGAAAAAACAGGAGACGGAUUGACGAACAGCUGCGAUCUGCUCUACCCAGGAGUGGGAGAAAUAGUGGGGGGAUCGAUGAGAACUCCGCUGUACGCCGACCUAGCAGAAGGCUUCAAGAGGGAGGGAAUGUCCAUGGAGCCGUACAAGUUCUACACCGAUCAGACACUUUACGGGCCUUUCCCCCACGGGGGAUACGGGCUGGGCUUUGAGCGAAUUAUCAUGGGAUUCAUGCCUGAUAUUGUUAGCAAGGUGAGAUACGCCUGUCUGUAUCCUCGGUUCACAGGAAGAUGCAGACCUUAA